GGAUAAUUGUGUACUAUUAUUCAGAAUUUGUUUGAGGAGAGCUGUCGAAAUCGUCUGAUCAGUUAUCCUGUGCUUGGCACGCAGGCGUAAAAAAAGGUGUCCUCGCUGUGGAAUUCCUGGCAAUCUCACCCAAGGAAUAAAGAUGUCCGUCACUCUGCACACUGACCUUGGAGAUAUCAAGCUGGAGCUGUAUUGCGAGCAAACGCCGAAAGCAUGCGAAAACUUCCUGGCGUUGUGCGCCAGUGGCUACUACAAUGACUGCCUGUUCCAUCGCAACAUCAAGGGUUUCAUCGUGCAGACGGGAGAUCCGACUGACACGGGCAAAGGCGGACAGUCGAUCUGGGGCGAGGCGUUUGAAGACGAGCUGAUGGACACGCUGAGGCAUUCCUUCCGCGGCGUGAUAUCUAUGGCGAAUAACGGCAUCGAUUCCAACCAAUCCCAGUUCUUCAUCACCUACGCCAAACAGCCCAGCUUGGACGACAAAUACACAAUGUUUGGAAAGGUGAUUCACGGCAUGGAGACGCUGGAUGACCUGGAGAAAGUGCCGGUCGACGAGAGAACGUUCCGGCCCAAGACGGAGAUUCGCCUGCGCCGCGUCACCAUACACGCUAACCCUCUAGCUGAUCAGGCUGACUAGGUGGUCGGGCUGACUAGGUCAUCAGGCUGACUAGGUGGACGGGCUGGCUAUGUGAUCAGGCUGACUUGGUGGACGAGGCAGAUCAGGCCUGCUAUAUGAACAGGCUGACUGCAAUGUAGGUGGACGGGCUAAGAGCAUGGCAGCAGUAGCAGUAACAGCACACAAUGUACACCGGCACACACAGCCCUGUGAUUAUGCUACAACUGAGAGACUACUCUGCUCAACACUACACAUGUGUGUGUCUUAUCACAUUUGUUCAGUUGCGGAUCCUAGCCACUCUCCUGCAGUCCUGCACCUGUACUCCAUGGAACAUUGAGGCUGGGCUCUGGCUGAGAGCCACUCACUGACCUAGCCUAGCCAUUCAGCUCUGUGACGACGCCCUGUCCUGUAGCCAUUAGAGCACAGCACACCGGUGGAUCAUGCAGCAGGCGUCCAAUGUUCUCUGUACUGUCCGACUGCUGGCACACAGUUUUGUAAGAUGUGUCGAAGCCAUUGCUUGAUCGUAGCACAUCUCCAACUGGUACAUGUACAUGUAUCCAGUGUAUUGGUUAGUGUGACGUGAUCAGGAGCUGCAGACAGACUACAGGAACGCCACCCACGCUUGUCCCGCCAAUAAUUAUCUUCAUACUGUGUGUGUGUGUGUGUGUGUGUGUGUGUGUGUGUGUGUGUGUGUGUGUGUGUGUGUGUGUGUGUGUGUGUGUGUGUGUGUGUGUGUGUGUGUGUGCGUGUGUACGUGUGCGCGUGCGCCUGGGUGUAUGUGUGUGGGUGUGUAUGAUGGUACGCAUGCAGCAGCUCAUAGUCCCGGCGAUGGUUCUGCUCUCAUGCGCUGUGGACCCGGGUUUGUUUGCUUCUUUUCCGUUUUGUAUCAGUGUCAGUUGUCAACGGUAUCGCAGGCUGGCCCUACGCUGAAUACCCCGAGCUUUUCUUUUCUCCCCAAUAUUCAUCGUCUCCCCCCUUAUUGUCACGCUUGUUUUGCGGUUGAUGGUUCACGCAUGCUGUUAGUGACAUCAUAAUCUUGACUUGAAUGAAUCCGGCUUGAUUGCGUUCCGACACUGUCGGCCAUUGUAUAUGAACUCAGAA